CUGCAAUUCCAACCCGCUCUCUGAUCCUGUACAAGGGAAGAAGGACGCUCAGUCUCUGCAAUCAUUUGACGAACAUGGCUUCAAACGACAGUGACGCUACUACUUCUCUCACCACUUCCCUGUGGAACAGCUUCCGUCUAGUUCAUCCGCCUGCAAUUCCGGCGGUUCUGGAUUGCCUUCUGGCUUCUACCGGCUUAUCUCCGUCGACCCUUUUCACUUCACUUAUUGAUACUUCUCCUGACUUCACCAAGGGCUUAAGCGAAGGCAACAACUUGGAUUCUGAUCAGUAUAGUUACCUGGCGUCUUUCGUCACCGCACUUUGCCACCUUUUACAGAAACUCGGCUUUAAUCAUGAUGCUCUAAAAUUGUUUAUUUGGAGAGUUUUUCUCCCAUUGAUGAAGGAACUGCAUACUCUUGACCGCGGAUUGCUUAACCAGGUUGCAGAAUCAUUCGUUGUUGUCGUGAUUGAGACAAAUAGCUGGGUAGUUGUUGAGACAAGCCUGGUUCCAUUUUUGUUAAGAUCAGUUUAUCAUUCUUUUGGUAUGCUUCAAAAUGAAGAAUCAGAAAAUAACAUUUUUGGUCGUUUGGAGUUGGAUAAGGAUCACUUUCAAUAUCCAACUUGGUCCCUUCCAAUGCCGAUUUCAUGCCACAUCCUAGCCAUAAUGCUUGAUGUUGCCCUUUCAAACCAGCAAAUAGCUAAAACAGCAGAAUCGAUAGUGGCUAAUGGUUGUGUUGAUGCUCAACAUUUUGCUGGGGACUUGAUUUGGGGUCUUUGCAGUAUGGCUGAACAUAUGCUUCUAGAAAGGUUGGAACACCGCACUUGUGCAAUAAGCUUUCUUCUCCCAAUCAUUUUCAAAGCAUUUGCAUCUCAUCCCUCCUUUGAAGCUAUGAUUAAUGGGAAGGAGUGUACGAUUUCCAGGAACGAUUUCUUUGUGAAAAUUUGGAAGUGCUGUGGAACACUAUUUUCUCUUGGACCUAUAGAGAGAAGAGAUGCCUAUAGUGUACUGUCUCUUUAUUUGUCUUUCUUGACUGGUAAAGACGAAUGUGGAGAUGCUGAUAAAGUUGGACUGGAUAUAAGAGCUGACAAGGAAUUUUGGAAUGUAAUUAAAAGAGGCUUGAUUGAUAAGGAGGGCUCAGUGAGGAAGCAAUCGUUACACAUACUAAAGACAGUAGUGCACAUAAAUGAAGAUGGAGGGGGGCGCUCAUCUGGCGCAUCUGAGACUAUUUUGAACAAAAAACAUUCAACUCCUCAGGGCAUGACAAAGAGGGAAGUGUGGGCUGAAAUGGAAGCCAAGUCACUUGGUGUUGGCAGAAUUUGUAACCCAACUGAGCCUUAUUUGAACAGCCAGCAGAAGUGGGAAGCAUUCGUGUUGCUAUAUGAGAUGCUUGAAGAGUAUGGUACUCACUUGGUUGAAGCAGCUUGGAAUCAUCAGGUAUCCUUGUUGCUCCAAUCUUCUAUCUCACAUGUAAGUUCUGCAAGCUCUGAUGGUGGAGGACUACAUGAAAAUCAACUUGCAAUGUCAGGUGAAAUCUUCAAUUGGUUGGCAAUUUUGUGGGAGCGGGGACUCCAUCAUGAUAAUCCACAAGUUAGGUGCUUGAUAAUGCAAUCAAUUUUGGGCAUCAAGUGGGAGGAUUAUGGAAACUUCGCCAAUUCACUACCGGAAACUUUUGUUCUCGGUUCAUUCUUACUAGCAUUAAAUGAUCCUGUGCAGCACAAAGAAUUUGGUGUAAAAGGAGUAUACUCAUCGAGGACAAUUGAAGAUGCCGCUCAGUUCUUACACCUAUAUGCUAGUUGUCUCAGUCUGAGGAAGUGGAUUUCUUUUCUUUGCAAUUUAGCAUCUACUGCCCGGCAGCAAUCAUUCAGUAGAGCUGGAUUGAUGGGCCUUGCUGAAUGCGUAGCUUCAGCUGCUCAUCAAAUUACGACUCCUGAUAAUGACAAUGAAGCAGAAGGGGAUCAAGAUGCGUUCGACUCGGAAAGUUCUCCUCAAAACGACAAAAUUGUUUUACUUGAUGCUUUGAGGUUCAUUAUUGAGAGCAGCAAACAGCAUUUCAAUCCAAACUAUCGACUCCGAGUUUGUGAGAAAAUCCUUGAGACUGGUGCUUCAGUGGUGUGUACGUUUGAUGUGCCUCUUGAGGUACUAUUGCACUUUAUUUCAAUAUUGCCACGGGAAUUUACUGAUUCUGGUGGUUCUUUAAGACCCAAAGUACAAGAAUGGCUUAUGGGUUGUGGACAGAAGCAAUGCAGUGUCAACUGUUCCAAUAUGGAGUUGAAGUUUUUGAAGAGCCUCCAUGACUUCACCAGCAGGUAUUGUAGUGCUCAUUAUAUGGUUAAUGCAUUUGGUACUUAUGAUGAUGGUGACUUAGAUGCGUGGGAAUCGGAAGCAAAAAGAUGGGCAAGAGUACUUUUUCUUGCAAUCAAGGAGGAGAGUCAUCUGAUACCCAUAUGGACGUUCAUUCGAAAUCAAGUUUCUAAUAUCUGCAGCCAAAAUCAGAAUGUAGAGUAUGUACCUGUUAAGUUUCUCAUCCUCACCUUGAGCUUGGUUAUGGAGCUUCAGAUAAUGCAGGAAAGAACCACUGAAUAUGGUAUCAAGUUCAGAACCAGAUCAGAAUUUGGACUGAUUGAGACGAUAGAUAAACCAAGUUAUGUAGAUGCUGCUACUUUAUAUCAGAGGUUCACCAGUGUUUUCCUUUCCAUCAUGGAGGAGCUAGUCGUGUAUGCGAACUCAUCUUGUUCAGUUUUCUCUUCUAGCAUUAAGGUAGAGGAUACCCUCCCUGGUUCUGUUAAAGGAAAGCUUGGAGGCCCAAGUCAGCGCCGCUUAUCAUCUUCCACCACCACUGAUGUGCUUCAAGCUAUAACAUCUGUGAAGACUGUUGCGCUAAUAUCGUCCUGGUGUGCACAGUUUGAAAGUGGUUCUUUGCUAAAUUCUGCUUUCAAGUUUUUCUGGAAGUUCUACUGGAAUACAAUUUCGUCUUCAGCUUGUGAUUCAGAGACGGGAGCAGAAAUUUGUCUUGCUGCAUAUGAAGCUUUAGCUUAUGCUCUUAGAGCUCUAGCGUCUGUGUCUUCACCUCAAACUCUGGAUUUUGUUACUGACAAUGACAAGCAGUUGCUAUCGAAAGUGGAAGGCAAACCUUUGUUAGAUUCCUUGGUUCUCUCUUUCCUUCAGAAUAUCAACGAUCUUCUUGCAGUUGGAGUUUUGGUACGAACACGACGUGCAGUUCUAAUGAACUGGAAGUGGCUUUGCCUAGAAUCUUUGUUAUCGAUUCCCAGCUAUGCUGUUAACAAUGGGCUGCAUUUAGAGGACCAUAAUACUUUCUUCUCGGAUACAGCUCUAAGAGCUAUUUUUAGUGAUCUUGUUGAGAACCUUGAGAACGCUGGAGAAGGUUCUGUUUUACCUAUUCUGCGAUCAGUCAGACUAGCUUUGGGCCUCUUUGAUAAAGGAAAGUCGAGCUCUCUUGUCUCCUCUUGCAAUGGGGUUGAAGCGCAGUUGAUAUGGAAUUUGGUUCACUCUGCUUGGGUAUUGCAUAUCAGCUGCAACAAGCGAAAGGUUGCACCCAUUGCUGCACUUUUAUCUUCUGUUCUUCAUUCUUCCCUGAUUGCUGAUGAGAGCAUGCAUUCAACUGAGAAUGCACCUGGGCCUCUCAAGUGGUUUAUUGAAAAAAUUCUUGAGGAAGGCACAAAAAGCCCGCGCACAAUUCGUCUUUCAGCACUACACUUAACAGGGAUGUGGCUGUCAAAUCCUAGAUUUAUAAAGUACUACGUGAAGGAGCUGAAACUUCUGUCACUCUAUGGUUCUGUUGCAUUUGAUGAAGAUUUUGAAGCUGAAUUAGCUGAUAAUCAGGAUACAAGGAUUGAAGUUUCCUUAUUGGCUAAAAGCCCCGAACCUGAACUGAGUGAGGCGUUUAUCAACACUGAGUUGUAUGCACGUGUGUCUGUUGCUGUUUUAUUUUACAAGUUAGCUGAUUUAGCUGACAUGGUUGGAACAAACAACGAACGUGGAGACUGCCUUGCUGCUUUGGAAGCUGGAAAACUGUUUCUCCUUGAACUUCUUAGUUCCGUGGUAAACGACAAGGAUCUUUCAAAGGAGUUGUAUAAGAAGUACAGUGCAAUCCAUAGACGCAAAAUACGCGCCUGGCAAAUGAUAUGUGUUUUGUCACGGUUUGUCCGUCGAGAUAUUGUCGGCCAAGUCACACAUCAAUUGAACAUAUCCCUUUCUAGAAACAACUUACCUGCUGUUCGCCAAUACCUGGAGACAUUUGCAAUUAACAUAUAUUUGAAGUUCCCAUCAUUGGUUGGAGAGCAGUUAGUUCCUAUAUUGCGAGAUUAUGACAUGAGGCCACAGGCGCUCUCUUCUUACGUAUUUAUAGCAGCUAAUGUGAUUCUCCAUGCAUCUGAGGCUGUUCAGUCCGAGCAUUUGGAUGAGUUACUUCCUCCUAUAGUUCCAUUAUUAACCUCACAUCACCAUAGUUUACGUGGUUUCACUCAGUUACUGGUAUACCAAGUUCUUUCCAAACUAUUUCCUCCAUCAGAUUUUAAAGCCGCUCCAUCCAUACCUCUAGAAAAGAGGUGCUUUGAGGACUUGAAAACUUACCUGGCGAAAAACUCUGACUGUAUGCGCUUACGAGCGUCAAUGGAAGGAUAUCUAGAUGCUUAUAAUCCCACUCUCUCUGUCACGCCUGCUGGAAUUUUCAUCAAUCGUGUUGAGGAACUGGAGUUUGAAUGUGUGCCAAAAUCUCUUAUGGAGGACGUGCUCACCUUUUUAAAUGACGUGAGGGAAGACCUUAGAAGCUCAAUGGCAAAGGGCUUGGUGACUAUAAAAAACGAGAGUUUAAGAAGUAGUGAAGAUCAUAACUGCAGAGAGAUAUCACAUAAUGAUGAUGGUGAUGAAAAAUCGCGCACGUCACAGCUUAAGGAUAUGGUGUUGGAUUUCCAGAAAAAGAUUACUCUUUCUAAACAUGAGAAAAAGGAUGGUGAAAUUAAUGCUCUCUUUAGCCACAAAGAAAGUUACAAACAACUUUUGGAAAUUGAAAAGGAAGAUCAACUUCUUAAUCAGUUGUUGCAUUCUAGAAGUGUGACUAUGGAAAGAUUUAGAAAGAGUCGACAAGAUUUUAUUCUGGUGGCAUCACUGAUCGAUCGCAUACCUAACCUUGCCGGAUUGGCACGGACAUGUGAGGUGUUUAAGGCAUUAGGUUUGGCCGUUGCUGAUGCAAACAUUGUACAUGAUAAACAGUUCCAACUCAUCAGCGUGACUGCAGAGAGGUGGGUUCCUAUCAUUGAGGUUCCAGUGGAUAGCAUGAAGAUUUUCCUGGAGAAAAAGAAGAAAGAAGGCUACUCUAUUUUGGGAUUGGAGCAAACUGCAAAUAGUAUACCGCUCGAUCAGUACGCCUUCCCGAAAAAGACGGUAAUGGUUCUUGGGCGUGAAAAGGAGGGUAUUCCUGUGGAUAUAAUUCAUAUGCUGGAUGCUUGCAUUGAGAUUCCACAGUUGGGUGUGGUGAGAUCUCUCAAUGUACAUGUCAGUGGUGCCAUUGCUCUUUGGGAGUACACUCGACAGCAGAGAUGUCGAUAGCCCUUCGUCUUGGAACAUGACGAAUACCUUUCGGCUCUAAACAAGGAACAAACUGAACUCAAAAUGCUCGGUGGCGUUGCAGAGUAUGAAAAUCUUUAGACUGUUUGUCCCAAUAGUUGGUGAUUAUCGCUUUUUUUUUUUUUUUUUCCGUAAAAGAGUAGAUCCAGGGAGAACAGGAAAAUGCUGAUGUUAGUAAAGUAAUCAUCAGCUAUUUUGUUUUAAACUAACAUGAGUUUAUAGGAGUUUUUUCGCAAGUUCUUUUAUACUAAUCAUUUAUUUGCA